CGCGUGAGCAAGGUGGAAUCUUCCAAUGGCGGCGCAUUCAACGGUUCUUCGCAAUUGGAGUCGCCAAUUUUGAUAUUCUCGUUCUUCCACAAGGCGAUUAGGAACGAGCUCGAUGCUUUGCACCGAUCGGCCAUGGCGUUUGCCACCGGUGAUGGUGACCGCUCCGAGCUCCGGCCGCUCUCCGAACGGUACCAUUUCAUCAGAUCGAUGUAUAGGCACCACUCCAAUGCUGAAGAUGAGGUGAUUUUUCCAGCUUUAGACAUACGUGUGAAGAACGUAGCACAUACAUAUUCUCUUGAACACAAGGGAGAAAGCAAUCUUUUUGAUCAUCUAUUUGAGCUUCUAAAUUCUUCAACCCAUAACGAUGAAAGUUUCCCAAGGGAGUUAGCAUCGUGCACAGGAGCUUUACACACAUCAGUUAGUCAACACUUAGCUAAGGAAGAGGAGCAGGUUUUUCCACUGCUCAUUGAGAAGUUCUCUCUGGAGGAACAAGCAUCUUUAGUUUGGCAAUUCCUUUGCAGUAUUCCUGUGAAUAUGAUGGCUGAAUUUCUUCCAUGGCUUUCAACAUCUAUAUCACCUGAAGAAUCUCAGGAUUUGCGGAAGUACUUAAGCAAAAUAGUUCCAGAGGAGACGCUUCUUCAAAAGGUUAUUUACACAUGGAUGGAAGGUAGAAGUAGUGCUAACACAGUUGAAAAUGGUGUAGAUCAUUCUCAAGUUCAAUGUAGUCCUAGUCCAUUAACCCAUCAGAUUGGGAAAGUAAAAUGUGCAUGUGAGUCCACAGGAACGGGGAAAAGGAAAUAUUCUGGAUGUAUCAUAGAUGUUUCUGACACUACCGGAACACAUCCUAUAGAUGAAAUAUUGCUCUGGCAUAAUGCAAUUAAAAAAGAAUUAAAUGAGAUAGCAGUGGAGACCAGAAAGAUACAAUUGUCUGGAGAUUUUACCAAUCUGUCAGCUUUUAAUGAAAGGUUGCAAUUCAUUGCAGAAGUUUGCAUAUUUCACAGUAUUGCUGAGGACAGGGUUAUUUUUCCAGCAGUAGACGCAGAGCUAUCUUUCUUUCAGGAGCAUGCUGAAGAAGAAAGCCAAUUUAAUGACUUCCGGUGUUUGAUUGAAAGAAUUCAAGGUGAAGGAGCAACAUCUAACUCCGAAGUUGAAUUUUAUUCCAAGUUGUGCUCACAUGCUGAUCAUAUAAUGGAAACCAUCCAGAGGCAUUUCAAGAAUGAAGAAGUUCAGGUUCUUCCACUUGCACGGAAGCACUUUAGUAUCAAAAGGCAACGUGAACUUCUGUAUCAAAGCUUGUGCAUGAUGCCUCUGAAAUUGAUUGAACGUGUGCUGCCAUGGUUGGUUGGAUCAUUGACUGAAGAUGAAGCAAAGAUGUUUCUGAAAAAUAUGCAAUUAGCAGCUCCAGCGACAGACUCUGCUUUAGUCACACUCUUUUGUGGUUGGGCUUGCAAGGCUCGUAACUAUGGUUUGUGUUUGUCUUCAAGUGCAUUAGGUUGUUGUCGUGCUCAAACAUUUGCUGACAUUGAAGAGAAUAUUGUUCAACUCUCCUGUGGUUGUGCUUCUACAUCAUCUGCUCGAGAUUGUUUUCUGUUAACUGGAUCAGAUUCCCAAAGAUCAGUGAAGCGCAACAUGACGGAGUUGCACAAGAAUGGAGAUGUCCCAGAAACUUUAGAAAAUGAAAGUAUCCAGAAACAAUGUUGCAGUCCCCGAUCUUGUUGUGUGCCAGCUUUAGGGGUUAACACUAACAAUUUGGGGCUCAGUUCACUUUCUACAGCCAAGUCUUUACGCUCCUUGUCUAUCGCCUCUUCUGCCCCAUCCCUGAAUUCUAGUCUUUUCAUAUGGGAAACAGACAGCAGCCCAUGUGAUUUAGGAUCGACAGAAAGACCAAUUGAUACCAUAUUUAAAUUCCAUAAAGCUAUACGCAAAGACUUGGAGUAUUUAGAUGUUGAGUCUGGGAAGCUUAAUGAAGGUGAUGAAACUACCAUUCACCAAUUUAGUGGAAGGUUUCGUCUUCUAUGGGGUUUAUAUAGAGCUCAUAGUAAUGCUGAAGAUGAUAUAGUAUUCCCAGCAUUGGAAUCCAAAGAGACACUUCAUAAUGUGAGCCAUUCAUACAUGCUAGACCAUAAGCAGGAAGAAAAAUUAUUUGAAGAUAUUUCUUGUGUUCUUUCUGAGCUUUCAUCGCUUCAUGAAGCCAUGCAGAAGUCCCACAUGUCGGAGAAUUUAGAUGAAAUUAAUUUGGGAUCUUCUGAUGCUAAAGAUAGUGAUAAUAUCAGAAAGUACAAUGAGCUUGCAACUAAGCUUCAAGGGAUGUGCAAAUCAGUAAGAGUGACCCUGGAUCAGCAUAUUUUUCGGGAAGAACUUGAGCUCUGGCCAUUGUUUGGGAAAUAUUUUACUGUGGAAGAGCAAGACAAGAUAGUGGGCCGAAUAAUUGGAACUACAGGUGCUGAAGUUCUCCAAUCUAUGUUACCAUGGGUAACUUCUGCACUUACUGAAGACGAACAGAACAAAAUGAUGGACACCUGGAAACAGGCAACUAAGAACACUAUGUUCAAUGAAUGGCUAAAUGAAUGCUUAAAAGAGAGUCCAGUACCUGUUUCACCAACAGAAACAUCAGAGUGUAGCACUUCUCAAAGAGGUGCUGACUAUCAAGAAAGCUUGGACCUCAAUGAUCAGAUGUUCAAGCCAGGUUGGAAAGACAUAUUCCGGAUGAAUCAGAAUGAACUUGAGUCAGAGAUCCGGAAGGUCUAUCGUGACUCAACUCUUGAUCCAAGGAGAAAGGCAUAUCUUGUCCAGAAUCUAAUGACAAGUCGUUGGAUUGCUGCCCAGCAGAAGUUACCUAAAGCUUUAUCUGGGGACUCCUCUAAUAAAGAAAUAGAAGGACGCUCACCAUCAUUUCGGGACUCGGAGAAGCAAGUUUUGGGUUGUGAGCAUUAUAAGAGAAAUUGUAAGGUUCGUGCAGCUUGUUGUGGCAAGUUAUUUACAUGCAGAUUUUGCCAUGACAAUGUGAGCGACCACUCAAUGGAUAGAAAAGCAACAUUGGAAAUGAUGUGUAUGGUGUGUCUGACUAUACAGCCAGUUGGGCCUGUAUGCAUGUCUCCUUCAUGUAACGGACUUUCAAUGGCCAAGUACUAUUGCAAUAUUUGCAAGUUUUUUGAUGAUGAAAGGAAUGUGUAUCAUUGCCCAUAUUGCAAUAUUUGCCGUGUUGGCCAAGGGCUAGGGAUUGACUAUUUUCAUUGCAUGAAAUGCAAUUGUUGCUUGGGAAUAAAAUCAACAUCUCACAAGUGCCUGGAGAAGGGUUUAGAAAUGAACUGCCCAAUAUGCUGUGAUGACUUGUUCACAUCAAGUGCGACAGUCAGGGCUCUACCAUGUGGACAUUACAUGCAUUCAGCUUGCUUUCAGGCAUACACAUGUAGUCACUACACAUGCCCAAUCUGCAGCAAGUCAUUGGGAGAUAUGGCGGUUUACUUUGGUAUGCUUGAUGCUCUAUUGGCUACUGAGGAGCUUCCUGAAGAGUACAGGAACCGCUAUCAGGACGUACUCUGCAAUGACUGUGAUAGAAAGGGCACUUCACGUUUUCACUGGUUAUAUCACAAAUGUGGAUUCUGUGGCUCCUACAAUACUAGGGUGAUCAAGACUGAGGCUACAAAUUCUAGCUGCUCCUAGUCCUAGUUAGUGGUGCUCCUAUUUGACGAAAGAGCUAAAGAGGCACAGGAGUUUGUAAAUAACAUGUAUAGCCAAUCCAAAAUUUUCCACUACAAGGAUCUUUGGUUAUGGAUUCCUCUUUUUCAUGAUUUAAGUUACAAAGUUCUCUUUCUCUUCCCAGAUGCCUUCUCAUAAGUUAGAAGCACCAAAUCAGUUCCUUAGUUAUGUAUAGAUGAACACACUUUCAAACUUAUAUUUUUGCAAUUGAUAACUUAGUAUAUCCUCUUGUACUUUUCCCUCUCUAUUUCGUUGUUUCAAGUUCAUUGACUGUUUAUAAGAGACUAGCUACCCUA